GUUAGCUGGGGGCUGGGCACUGGCCAUGGAGGCCGAUCGCACCCCGGACUUGCUGCUCCUCAGGGAGCUGCUGGCGCCUCCUUGUCUGGACCCCGAGUCGUCGCCCCCGGGACCCUCAGCGCAGCGCGAGCCGCGGCCCCUGAGAUGCGUCAGACCCGGUGGCAGGUCCCUCUGGCCUGCAUGCCAGGACUCUGUCAGUCUGUGCUUCCUCCAAGAGACAGAAGAGGGGCUUCAGUCCCCGAUCCCGGACACCCAGGCCUUGGCACCCUGCUGGGAGUCGGUGGCCCUGGGUACUUUGGACACCCUGACUAUGGUCAGGAGCUCUAAGAACAGGCAGGCCUCAGUCAGCCACAAGUGCCACCGCCUGGAGUGCCACCAGCGUCCACCCCAGAGAAGACGUCGGAAGCAGCCGAAACCCAGCAAGAGCAGUGAGAAGGUGGACCCUGGGUUCAAGGGGGUGACUCUGAGGUUUCAGAUAAAGCCAGAUGCCAGCCUACAGAUCGUACCCACCUACAGCCUGCCUGGCAGCAGCCAUUCUCGGGGACCCCCCGCCAGUCCUGCCAGGGCCCCUGAGCCCAGUCCCCGAAUGAGCGAGGCCUUGGACCCUCCAGGGCCCCGACGCUGUGCUUCCUGUAGGACACAGAGGACCCCACUCUGGAGAGAUGCAGAAGAUGGGACACCCCUGUGCAAUGCCUGUGGCAUCAGGUACAAGAAAUAUGGCACCCGCUGCUCCAGUUGCUGGCUGGUGCCAAGAAAAAGUGUGCAGCCCAAGAGACUGUGUGGCAGGUGUGGGUUGUCUCUGAGCCCCCAUCACGGCCCAACUCAAGAAGCAUAAGCCUUUCUUCACCCAGCUUAGCAGUUUCUGCCUCAGGUUCUCCAGGGGAAGAAUACGCAGAACCCUGAGAAAGCCAGCCCGUUUUCAGCUACAUCACAUGUGUGAUUUGCACAUGGGAGAUUCAGGGUUUGGGCCCCACAACUCCUCUUGGGGUCACUGGGCCCCUGGCUCUGCCCUUUCUUCAUUCAGGCUUGGCUGAGCCCCAAAUAAAGGAAAUU